UGGAGAGGGUUUGGCCAUCAGAGUCACAAAGGUGGGAUUGGCUAGAGAGUAAGAGGCCGGGCCACUUUGACUGGCUCAAAAAGAGAGGGAAUUUGGUGGUGUCGAUGGCAGUGGAUGAGAUGGGAGUGGCUCCUUUGCCUCCGGCGUUAAGCAAAACAUCCAGUUGGUUUGCUGGCCAGGUUGACUGGGGCUGUUGGCCGGACCUGGGGAGGCCCCAGCAACGUCCACCUUCUCUGAUGAGCGAUGGAAGGGUUAAACACAAACAGCUGGGUCCUGAAAUCUCCAUUCAGCAUCACUAACCUACUCCAAGAUGUGGCCUCAAGCGGCGCUCCCAAGGGACCACUGUCAUCACCGUUGUUGAGGGAAGACGAGAACGUCGUAGCAGCAGCAGCAGCCGCUGGUGAGGAACGGCAGAGGUUGAGAAAAGAAGAUAUUUCUGGCGAAAGGAGAGGAAAACAUGAGAAGCCACCUUUCAGCUACAACGCCCUGAUCAUGAUGGCCAUCCGUCAGAGCCCAGAAAAGCGCCUCACUCUCAAUGGCAUCUAUGAGUUCAUCAUGGGCAGCUUCCCGUACUACAAGGAGAACAAGCAAGGCUGGCAGAACUCCAUCCGCCACAACCUCAGCCUCAACAAAUGCUUCGUCAAGGUGCCCCGGCACUACGACGACCCUGGCAAGGGCAACUACUGGAUGCUGGACCCUUCCAGUGAGGACGUCUUCAUCGGAGGCGCCACCGGAAAGCUGCGCAGGAGGCCGUCCACUUCCCGGAGCAAGCUGGCCUUCAGGAGAGGAGCUCGGCUGGCUUCGGCCGGGGUGGCCCUGGCCGGAUCUCUCUACUGGCCUCUGCCACCUCUUUACGGUGCCUCCUCAGCCUACCUGAGCCAUCCCCCUGGCACCUACUCUUCCAUUUUCGCCCACCAGGCUAUUUCUCCUCCAGCGGGGCACAUACAGGUGGAAGUAGAUGGCUCCUACAGCAACCACCAGCAGAUCGCCACAGCAAUGUUGGCCUCGGCCAUCCCUUGCAGCCUCUCCUCAGCCGACUGCCUGGACUCCUGCUCUGUCAACUUCCUGGCCGGACAGGCGAAUUACAUCUUCUCUCAGAGACAUCACACCCUGCCAAUGAGCCCUCAGGCUGUGCUCCCGUCCAAAGCCACCAGAGAUCUCCUCGGAAGAGGUCCUCCAGCUUUCCCCGGGCGGCUUUCUCCAGAGCUUCCAAGCUACUUUGCUUUUCAGAAUCAGGGCGUUCUUUUUCAUCCAAGCCUGCCUUGACUGUAUACCCCUCAAGCCUCUUCUUCCCUGAAAGAAACAUUAUUAUUUUUAAUUCCUGCCUGCUAAUAUUUGAACCCAGUCAGCCUCCUGUUGUGCUGUGCGCUGCAUUGGUUUUCCACCCGUGGUCCGUGAUAAACUCUGGAGAUAUGUUGACUUUUCACCCCACGUGUUUCCUUCUGACCCUUUGCUGUCUUUUCUGGUGAAAGCGAGGACAUCUAUCAACGUUUACCAAUGUGAACUAAUUUCUUCGAAUGCCUCUCGCUAACCUGAACUAUGAGAAAAUCUUUGAGGGCUAAGGCAAGUCAGCAAGCUUCCCGUGUAGGUCCGAGCUCGGCUUUGCUGCCGACCUUUGGCAUCAAGACUGGCACACUGAAUGCCAAGCAAGACAGAAUUGCCCCAGCGGGUGCCAGUCGGUUUUGAUGCCCAUAAAUUCUGCACAUUUUCCCUUUGCCUGGACUCGACUUCUACCGUCCCAAUGCCUUUGAUCAACGUACUGAAUAAUAAGACGGACUUUUGAACAGGCACAAAUGAAGAGCAGUAGCUGCCUGCUUCUUUGCAGAGCAUGAAAUAAGGCAUGCCUGAUCCUUCACCCAGCAAAGUUCUAACUUAGCUGGGCUGCUGUGAUUCAGCCAUUAAGCCUCUCUUGUGAUUACAACCUUUGGGCUGUGUGAUCUUACAGGGCACAUUGGUUUAGGAGCCACCGCAAUCAGCAAGACUUGUGUUGUGCUAAAUAUGUUUAAGGGCUGAAGAGCCCAUGGAUCUCGGACAUCUUUGUGUGGCAGGUUUGGGGGUUGCUUUUUUUAUUGAUAACUCAUAAGCAGCAUCAACGUGCAUGGCAUUUUCUGAGGGGUGUGGGUGUGUGGAACCACCAGACCCCUAUCCCCCAAGGAGCUUAGACUAUAAAUUUCUUCAGUGCAGUAAGCUAAUAGCAGAGGGUGGGGAUGGAAGAUAGAGGAGAAAACACAGUUUGAUUGCGCUGAGUGUCAAGCCUUCUCAUCUGCGGCUGUAGAGCAUGGUCUGGAAGAAAGAAGAAUUCCAGGGCAAGGCAGGUAUGUCGUCGUCCCUUCCACCUGAGCACCUCUGCAGGCAGUGCAGGGAGCCAACAGGUAGAAUAUACAACUUGCAGUGGUUCACACAACACACUGGAAUCAUCACAGGACAAAGUGCCCCAUGUUUCUGGACUUGGGAGAUUACCAGUGCAAUAAUGCCUUUAUGAAUCGGGCCCAAAGGCCCUCCUAGUCUAGCAUCAUGUCUCCAGCAG